ACUGACACUGGAGGACAUGGCCGUGAGGUUCACCCAGGAGGAGUGGCAGCUCCUGGUCCCUGUUCAGAAGGACCUGUACCGGGACGUGUUGCUGGAGAACUACAGGAGCCUGGUGUCAGUGGGUGAGGAUGGCUGCUCCAUGUUAAAAGGGUGUCAAACCAGCAAGCCGGAUGCCCUCUCCAGGUUGCUACAUGGAGAACCAUGGACAGUGGAGGAUGAAAUCCACAGUCAGAUCUACGCAGGUGAGUGAGGAAUACCUGCAAGGAUGGUGGC